AUAACGAGCGUAGAUUCAAAGUUCCUAUUUAAGGUGAAGCUCGCAUUCAUUAUAAAAUAAAUGUUCUUGUGCAUUGAAUAAGUAGUCAACUAGUCAAGUACCUAACUGACGUUUAUUUUUGAUAGUGUUUUCGUUCGUUAAAUUCAAUAUGAAAAGUGUUUGGUGCUUUAUAUCAGUUUUGGCAGUUUUGAUUGGGUCAUCUCUAUCGCAGAGUAUUUCAGAUGCGAAUCAAAAGACUGUUCAAAAUGGACUGCUGAGUUUCGGAAUAAAACUGAAUUCUAUCCUCUUGGAAAAUAGUACUGAAAACAAGAAUAUUCUGUUUUCUCCAUACAACCUUUACACAGCUUUAGCUUUAGUUCAUCUCGGUGGCAAUGGAACUACACGUGAUACAAUUUCUAAAGUUUUGGACAUUCCCAUCACUUUAUCGUCAAAAAGUUUACAAAAAGUAUUGCAAAACUUCUCAUCAGUGUUGCAAACGAGUUUCACAUUCGAUGCAUUUUUCAAUGGGACAAUGGUAAAAGCAUCUGAUUUGAAACUGGCCAAUGGAAUUUUCGUUCAAAAUGAAUACAACAGCCAGCUGAAGAAAGAAUACGUUGCAGACGUCCAAUUAUAUCAUAACAGUGAUAUUUUCAAUGUUGAUUUCGUCAACAAGGGAGAAGAAACGAAAGAUACGAUUAAUAACUACAUCAGUAAUAAGACUGAAAACAGGAUACCUCGAUUACUCGAAGACCCUCUAUCAAAAGACACCUUAAUAGUCUUGACUACUAGUUUGUAUUUUAAAUCGGUUUGGCAUGAAAAAUUCAAUCCUGAACUGACUAAAGCGGAAACGUUCCAAACAGACAAAGGCAACAUUACAGUACAAAUGAUGAACAGUAUAAUUAAAGCAGGAUACGCCAACAUACCAUCAUUAGGCGUAGAAGUUGUCAACUUGAGAUUUAUCGAUACUGCAUUUUCCAUGUUUGUGGGAAUGCCUCGUGAAAAUCAAUCACUAGAUAAUUUUCUACGUAAUUUGACCUCCGAUCAGAUCCACACGAUGAUUGGUCAAUCCGAUCUGUACAGUGAUUUCGAGGUAGAUUUGAAAUUGCCUAAAACAGCUUUCAAAUGGUCUAAAUCUGUUAAAGACAAUCUCACUAAACUCGGACUCAAAGAAGAAUUUUGGCGCUCGCCUGAUUUGAGUAAUAUGAUCGACCAGAGUAAUAUACAAAUUAGUGACAUUGGUCACAGCACUGAUAUUAAAAUUAACGAAGAUGGUACCGAAGCUAGCGCCGUUUCGAUCGUAACAAUCGAUUGGAGAAGUGAAGUUCAGUAUGAGAGAAGGACAUUCCACGUGAAUAGACCUUUCUUCUUUUUCAUUUAUAAUCAUAAUAUUAAGACAGUGCUGUUCUUUGGUACUGUGUUUAAUCCUGGUAAUUGAUCCGAUGAUCAAUCAUGUGAUUUUUUUUUCUUAAGCAUGUGAAGACUUUUUUCAAAUCUGUGUUGUUUUUAUGUACCUAUUUGUUUUGAUUUUUUAAAUUAUGUCAUUUCAAUAAACUCAUUUUUUUUAAAUGUACAA